AUGUCUAUGGACCUGGACGAGCCUGUCCCAAUUUCGGACAUUAGUGCGCAGCAGCAACCAGAAGCAACAAUCCUCUGCUACAACUGUGGCAGUCCUAUAGACGGAACCUCAUCUGCCGGCGCACUUUGUAAUGACUGUAUUCGAACGACGGUCGACGUAACGCAAGACAUUCAACGGGAGUCGACUCUCCAUUUCUGCAAAGAUUGCGAGAGGUGGCUACAGCCUCCAAAUACAUGGCUCACUGCUGCUUUGGAAUCACGAGAGUUGCUAGCUCUAUGCCUGCGGAAACUGAGAGGCCUGUCGAAAGUUCGGAUUAUUGAUGCAAGCUUCAUCUGGACAGAGCCACAUUCAAGGCGGAUCAAGGUUAAAAUAACUAUCCAACAAGAGGCUUUCCAAGGAACCAUCCUCCAACAGACAUUCGAGGUUGAGUACGUUGUCUCAACACAGCAGUGUCCGGACUGUGCCAAGUCGUUCACACACCAUUCUUGGCGCGCAUGUGUCCAGGUGCGCCAGAAGGUCCCUCACAAGAGAACCUUCUUGUACCUCGAGCAACUGAUAUUGAAACACCGAGCACAUCGUGAUACAAUCAACAUCAAAGAGGCAAAAGAUGGAUUGGACUUCUAUUUUGCGCAACGAAACCAUGCCGAAAAAUUAGUGGAUUUCCUGUCAUCUGUGACCCCUGUGCGACUUAAGAAAUCCCAAGAGCUUAUAUCUAUGGACAUUCACGAAUCGACACGUUCCUACAAGCUGACGUUCUCAAUUCAGCUGAUUCCUAUUUGCAAGGACGAUCUUGUAGCGCUUCCAUUGAAACUGGCUAGAUCAUUAGGCAACAUUUCGCCAUUGACGUUGUGUUAUCGGGUCGGCACUUCAAUUAACCUCCUUGACCCCAACACGCUACAGACCGCCGAUGUUCCGACACCAGUAUACUGGAGGUCACCAUUCAGCAAUCUUGCCGAUGUAAAAGAUCUUGUCGAGUUCAUUGUCGUUGACAUCGAACCGGUUGGAGAGUCCAAAGGACGCUUCUUUCUAGCUGAAGUAACGGUUGCACGUGCGUCAGAUCUAGGAGUUAACAAUACUACAUAUUUCACGAGGACCCAUUUGGGAGGCGUACUUCAUGUCGGAGAUUCAGCUUUAGGCUACCAUUUGACCGGCACGAAUUUCAAUGAUCCCAAUUUCGAAGCUAUUGAGGAAAGCGGUCAAUACAGCUCGACCAUACCAGACGUUAUUCUAGUUAGGAAACAUUACGCUCGCAAGAAGAAGCCUAAGUCUCGAAACUGGAAACUUAAGCGUAUGGCUCUUGAAGAAGAAGAAGAAGUUGGUGGCCGCAAGCAAGAUCAAGAUCGCUUGGAAGCCGAUUUUGAAAUGUUUUUGCGUGACAUUGAAGAAGACCAAGAGCUUCGAAGCACUCUUUCCCUUUAUAAAUCUAAGAAUGACCAUCGCAACACCACGAAAAAGAUGGAUGUCAUCGAAGACGCUAAUGAGAUGGACGAAGACGAAAGUGAUGAUGAAGCGCCUAAAAUCAAUAUGGAUGAAUUGCUCGAUGAGUUUGAUGAGUUGAACAUGGAAGACGCCGAGUAA